GGUCCGGCCGUCAGGGCAUAUGGCCCGUGGCGAGAAGCCCGAAGGCGGGAACUAGCAAACGAGGCUUCGGCCGCGAGUGUGCGUGGAUGCAAAUUCUUGGCGCGCCAUUCACACGAUAGAAGGCGAAGGUUUCUUUACCUAUCUUCGAAGAAGCCCCAGAGAAGAGGGAGAGGGAAGGAGAGAUGUACCGGAAGCAAGAAGUCUGCAGGAACUUCCAACGUGGAAGUUGUCAGUAUGGUGCGCGAUGUAAAUUUCUUCAUACGGUUCCACAACAAACAGAGUCCAAUCCUUAUGGAUUUGGUACGAAGGCUGCUUCACAAGCUGAGGCUAACCCUUAUGGCUUUGGUGUAAAGGCUGCUCCACAAGCAAAAGGGCCAGUUGGAUUUGGUGCAAAGAAUCAAAAUCAAAAGCCAUUUGAAAACAAGUGGAACCGAUUUUCUCCACUGAAUUCAGCUAGCACAACAUCAUCUCGGCAAUCAGAAUCUCAGCAGGCGGCCACUCACACGUGCACAAACCCUGAAACAUGCAAAUAUCAAAUUGUUGAAGACUACAAGAGUGAACAGCCUCUUUGGAAGCUUACCUGCUAUGGACACUGGAAGUAUCUCCCCUGUGACAUUACUGGUGAUAUAAGUUAUGAAGAGUUGCGAGCAGCAGCCUAUGAUGAUUCCCGCAAAGGUUUGCCACUACAACUCAUUGUUGAGAGGGAGAGGAAUCUGCUGAAAAACAAGAUAGCAGAAUUUGACAGCUUUCUUCAGAAGCCGUAUGUAAGUUCACAAAAUCAUGGGCCUGUUGCAGCAAAUUUGUUCUCUCAAGCAGCCACAAAUGCAUCUCCGUCUGGAUUCCCGAAUAAUUUGCCUCUGCCAUUUGGUCAAGUUGGUCCUCCAAUCAAUUCAGGGAAUGUACAUAGUAACUUUUUUGUUCAACCUAAUCCAUUUGGUGUUUCUGCUCAAACAUCGUCUGCCUUCAAUAUCAAUAGUUCCACCGCAGGGUCAUUUGGAAGUCAAGGUCCAAAUCAGGCAUUUGGAAGUUCAAGCUUUGCUGCUGCUACCCCAUUUCCUUUAAUUUCAAGUGCAUCGCCAUUUCCUGUUAAUGGGACAAAUGCCAGUAGUAAUGGUUUUCCUAGCAGUAUGCAAGCACCAACAAAUUUUUCUUCUUCGUACGUUACAAACUACGGAAGUGAGGAUAUGACUAACGUUCCUAAGGACAUGAGCAUUUGGUUAAAGGAGGAUUGGGAAGUGGGAGAGGUUCCAGAGGACGAACCACCGCCUAGUGUCAUACAGAGAGUGUAGGGUAGUUAAUGCAGAAUUUCUCAGGAAAUCUUUGGUUGAAGCAGCCACAUUACUCCUGAAAAUUGGCCGAUCAUCUUGAAGAGCCCUUUAUAAUGGGUAAGGCUACUAACUCCUGUGGAGCUAUGUCGGUUGUCUUCUCCACUGCAUCCUAUGUACGUGUUGCCUAGAUUACUAUUUGUGAGGAGAUCACGCCCAGGUGUCCCUGAUGCUAUACCUGUUGCCAUCUGUUUGCGACAGUCGAAUGAGACACAUGCGUGUCAGUGCUUGAAGAAAAUUGCACUUGGAACUGAAGGAAGCCAACUGUGUUGUGUGAAAGGCCUUUCGCACGACUAAAAGUUUUACUUCCACUUAUUGUCGUCAUCCUUGUAAUUUAAUUGUUGGAGGCAUGAUCAAGCAACCCUGUGAUUGUCUUCCACUCUAAUGAAGGCUCUGGUUUUGGUGGUUCUCUGUGAGGAAAUGUGCUUUGAAAAGAAGACGAGCAUGGAUUUCUGAAAGGAAGAUGAAAUAUUUUAAUCUUGAAA